AUGUCACGAAUGGCACCCCUUCUCGACAAGGUGGAAAACAUCCCGUUUCCCAACCUAACAUUCCCACAUAUUCGCAACAUUGCUUCAGAGCUUGUAACAAUGGGCGCCUCAGAUGCCGAUAUUGAAAGAGAACUCACAUCUCUGACUAGUCAACAACAGGACACUUUAAUGAAAGUUCUGUACUGUUGCCUUGAACAUGAUAGUAAAUCUAGUUCUACAUACUUUCGGUGGCAUGCAAAGUUAUACGCUUUAGUUGGACCUGGAUCAAUCACACGCGUCCUAACAGAAAAAAAAGUAUAA